GGAAGCGCCAUGGCGACCGUAUCGCCCCCACCUAGUGGGCAAGUACUGCAGCUCGUCUCGGCCCUUUCCAAUCCAGAAAAUCACAAUGUUCAUGUCCAAUCAAUCCGCGCCCGAGACGAGGCGCUCUCGGCCUCGGCUGAAUCUUACGGAAAUCUUUGCUAUCAGUUGGCUCUCGUGCUCGUAGGCAGUGAUAAUGCGGCUGAGAUGACAGCGCACAUAAAUCCAUCCGAGCUAGAUUCAUGGAGACAAGCCGAUCCUUCCACGGUGCUGAGGCUACAGCAAGAUAUGUCCAUGUGGAUUCCAUUCGGACAAAUGGCAGGUCUAGUGCUCAAGAAUGCUCUCUUGAGGCCACCAAUUUUGCAAGGACGUCAGUCGCUUUCCAUCCAACCACCAAGCUCGGAUCUUCUUAAAGAAGCGCUGUUACAAGCCCUCGGAUGUCAGCACUCUGAGCUCCGAGCGGUUGCAAGUUCUGUGAUAGCCACUUCUGCGGUUUCGGCAGAUAGUGUCCAACCGGGGCUAUGUGUUCGCGCGUGGCCUCAGCUGAUACCUGCUUUGAUUGCAAACUUACAGAAGACAGAGAACGCUGCCUUAAUGGAAGGGUCGCUUGCUACAAUUCGAAAAAUGAUGGAAGAUGGACCGACCGAGUUGACGCAGGAAGAAUUGGAUAGUUUGAUUCCUGUGCUGAUUCGAUUCCUUUCAUGCAACAGUGAAUUCUGUAAAGUUGCUGCUCUGCAAUCGCUCACAGCCUGUCUCUCCGACAACGUUAUGCCGAGCGCUUUGGUCCUGUACUUCAACGACUAUCUCGGCGGACUAAGCGCCCUUUCUACGGAUCCUAGCGCCUCGAUUCGAAAGUGGGUGUGCCGUUCGAUUGUCACGCUGUUACAACUCCGAACCGAAUAUAUUCAACCCCACCUCCAGGCCGUCAGCCAAUUUAUGCUCACGAGUACGGCAGAUCGUCAUCACGAUGCAGUGGCAUUAGAAGCUUGCGAGUUUUGGUUCACGUUUGCAACCUUGGACGAAGAUGUGUGCACACCAGCGAUGGUCGAAACAAUUGGAGGAGUUCUACCUAAACUGAUUCCCAUUCUUUUGGAGAACAUGGUAUACCUUCCCGAGCAACAGAUUGAGCUCCAGGCAAGAAACGAGAUUGACCAACAGGAAGGAUACAACGGGAUGAGUACAAUCAAGCCCGUAUUUCAUCGCAGCCGGGCAAAACAUGUGGGCGGUCCCGAUGAAAGUAGCGACGACGAUGAUGGCUAUGAUCAAGACGAUGAGGAUGAUGGCGAGUUUGACGACGACAAUAAUGAAUGGACGUUACGUAAGUGCGCCGCAGCAAGUCUUGACUCUCUGUCCAGUCUGUUUGGUGCCGAUUCUAUCCUCCCAAGCUUACUACCCGCUUUGCAAAAUGGACUCUCCAGCUCAUGUCCGUGGGUACAGGAGGCGUCUAUCCUGGCACUUGGGGCAGUCGCAGAAGGUUGUCGGGAUGCUUUGAAUGUACACAUGUCUCAAAUGCACCUGUAUCUAGUAAAUCAUCUUGCGGCUCCUGAAUCUCCCAGUACUUUACCUCAAGUAAAAUGUAUUGCCGCGUGGACGAUAGGACGGUUUGCUUCAUGGGCCGUAGAGCAAGUUCAAACCGGAGCCCAAGGUCAUCUACUGGCGCACAUGACAGAGGUAUUUCUGACUCGCUUGAGCGAUAGGAACCGGAGGGUCCAAAUUUCUUGCUGCUCUGCAUUCGGCGUCAUUAUCGAAUCAGCAGGGGAUCUGAUGACGCCAUAUUUGUCGCACAUUUACUACGGCCUUGUCUCAGCCUUGUCACGCUACCAGGGCCGGAGUCUCUUAAUGAUCUUCGAUGUGGUUGGAAUAAUUGCUGACUGCUGUGGCCCAUCAAUCGCUGAAGGGGAUCUGCCAUCGAUCUACGUCCCCCCAUUGUUGCAGAUGUGGAGCGGUUUAGCCAAGAACGACCCCACCGACCGGACGUUGCUACCACUCAUGGAGAGCCUGGCAAGUGUAGCCAUGACUUCGGGAAUGAACUAUCAGCCCUACUCGCUCGAGUCAUUUGACAACGCGAUGGGUAUCAUCGAAGCAGUUCAGCUAAUUCUUACUGCUUCUGGCGAAAAACUGGAACACGAAGAAGAGGCGGACCCCAUUGUUUGCGCAACGGAUCUCUUGGACGGAUUGGUCGAAGGUCUCGGAGAGAGUUUUCCAUCGCUGGUUUCAAGUAGCCGACGAUACGGGCAGCAUUUUCUUCCGGUACUUCUGGCACUUUGCAAACAUGAUAUUCCCGGCGUGCGAAUGAGCGCUAUCGCUUUGGUCGGCGACCUGGCUCGCAGCUCCCCGGCUUUACUGGAACAGGCAUUGCCAGAGCUUCUGAAAGAACUCGUUGCAAAUAUGGAUCCGGUACAACCGUCUGUGAGUACAAAUGCAGUCUGGGCACUGGGCGAAAUUUGCGUUCGAUGCGAACGAAAUUCCUCGCCUCUGGAAGCUGUUGUGCCUGAUCUUGUUCAGAAUCUCAUUGCAUUGUUGAUGGGCAAUGGUAUUGAGCGGAACGGCAGGGGAUCGGAUAUUCCCGGCAUCGCUGAAAAUGCAGCAGCAUGUGCCGGGCGACUCGCCAAGGUUAACCCCCAGUUUCUUGCGCCUGACCUCCCUCGAUUUUUGCUCGGAUGGUGUGACGGGAUGGCAAAAAUUGUGGACCCCAAAGAGAGGCGUGACGCAUUCCAAGGAUUUGUUGCUGCUAUCUACGCCAAUCCCCAGGCAUUUCAGACAUCUUCCGCAACCGUUUCUGAUGCGAUCGCAUCCAUCAUUUUUGCUAUCGUGACUUGGCAUAUGCCAGCGGAAAUACCAGAGCAAUCAGUUGUCCUUCUAAAUGGAGACUACAAAUUCCGUCCGUUCCCCGCUAACGAGCCGGAACUUGGCGAAGCCCUUUUUAAACUCAUCUCAGACCUAAAGACAUCCGUCGAUGAGACGACAUGGAGAGCAGUUCAGCAAGGACUGCCGGUGAAUAUUCGACGUCUCCUCCGCGAGUUUUAUAACAUGUAG